CCGCCGCCGAAAAAAAUGCCCACGGCGCACACCUCUAGUGCCACUGCAAUCCAUCCAUCCAUCCAUCUUGACAACCAAAACGAUCCAGUCGUAUCCAAUCCAGAUGAGGAAUGGCGGCACAAAAAGCUGUUGAUCGGUGUCAUUGGGAUCCCCGCGCAUGAAUUUGCCUCCGUGCAUAUGGGGAUGGCACGGAUGGAAGCGAGAGAAGGUAACGUACCCAUAGAAGACGGAAAGAAGAAGAAGAAAACGAAAGGUGGCUACACGUGUUGUGUGGUGGGAUGUGGAAACAACAGCUCACGGAACAAAAAUGUGUCUUAUCAUUCAUUUCCGAAGAACAAGCGUCAAAGGAGAGAAUGGAUAAGAAGAAUUCGGAGGCAGGGUGCACAAAAGUAUAAACUUUGGCAACCUACUGCUAACCAUAGGAUAUGCGGUGCUCAUUUUAACCGUUGUGGUCGUCGGGGAUACUUAGACGAACUUCCCACCAUUUUUCCACAUCGCAACUUUGAGGACAAGCAACUUCCAAAGUCGAAAACAGCACCAAGUAGAGUCAACUCAAUGCGAGGCCCAUCACCAACACGGAUGUACUUCCAAAGUGACCUCUGUGUGGCUGCCUUCGUAACUGUCCCUGAAGAGAGAGAAGGUGACACACAAGAACGAGUGACUGAUGUUGCCGAGACUUGCGAUGACAGUGAUGAUGUGUCCAGUGACUUUGCUUAUCCUGACCAUUCUUACGUGGCCUGCGAGCCAGACCCAAUUCUAACAAUGCUCUCCCAAGGUCAAGCAGGAGAGCUUGCAGUGUCCUGCUUGAAUCUCAAAAAUGAAAACAAGAAACUGGAAGUGAGCAACGCGUGCUUACUAGCAGAGAUAGUCAAACUCAAGGAUGACCUUCUCCAUCAAAAGGUUAAAUGCAUGGAGCUCGAGUGGAAGCAAACUUCUAAAACCAUUGCAUUGUCCAAAUUCAGUGCACAAGCAGUCAUGGAAAAUGAAGCGCUGUUGUGUUUCUACACUGGUUUUGAGACAUCAGACCGAUUUAGCAAUUUUGUGAAGUUUGCUCUGGACAACUACAACGAAACCAAGGCAGCACAUGGGAGGCCCGUCUCACUUCUUCCUCGUGAUCAAAUUUUCAUGAUGCUCUGCAGGUUACGGCUUGGCCUUCUGGAACAGGACCUCUCCUAUCGCUUUAAUGUUGGUGCUUCUACAAUCAGCCGUGUAUUCAACUUCUGGGUAGACUUACUUUGUAAGAAAUUUGGAGAAAAUGUGUCUCAGGUGUUCUGUACAAGUGCUCCUGUACUGCUCGAAUGUGAUGACAUGAAAGAGACUUGGGAGAAUGAUGCACAGAGUGAUAAUCAUCAUUCCAGUAAGAAGCCUUUGAGGGCUACAGGCUUGGUUGGUAUCAGCUCAACAGGCAUAAUUUCCUUUGUCGAAGUCUCGUCUCCAGAGUUUAAGACAAAUGGCAAGAAAAAUGUUGUGAAGUCGCUGCCAACUCGGGAUCACACAGCAGACGAAUUUAUCAUUCCUGACAACGUGGACGACCACCGGCAAAGUGUUGCUCCCCUGUUGGAGAGAACACUAGAGUCAGUGGACAGUGGGCUGUUAGGGUACAAGAAAGUUGUUAACCUGAGGGCUCAUGUUGAAAAAGCAGUGAGAGAAGUUAGAAAUUUCAAGAUCUUGAAGUUGCCAUUUGCUGAUGCAACAAGGGUGAGACUGUGGAAAGUGUGCUGCUACCUUUUAAAUUUUACACGGGACAGACUUUUCGAAAUACAGUAGUUCUAAGAAUCUGACAUCAUCAUCAGCCUGUGUUGCCGUUUCCAUUGUAUUCCACUGGUUGUGCUCAUGGACACUUGUCACUUACUGUACAGAAGUAUCAUUCGUUGCUUCUUCACCGCUCCAUAUUUCCGCAUGCAACUUGUGUUCUAUGCAUAGUUCUUUGCUUGUCAAAUAGACCUGAUAUAUCUCAUUAUCAUAUAUUGUAUUACAUACAGCAGACUCAUUAAUUUAAAAUCCAGGUGACCCAGAUUUUUGUUUGAAUUGUCUAUAAUUUGAAUGACCAGAAAGACGUCUAAAUAUGUAUAUGUUGCAAGACAAGAUUACGGUUACAGCGGUAGCUCCAAACAUACAAAGUACAUCUUUUAACCUUUAAAAGAAACGUAUCUAUGAUUGGCUAUUUAGUUAAUACAUGAGUCCUCAAAACAAAAUCUUCAAUGCUAGCCAAAGUAAGCAGUUCCUCAGGUUACUCUUUUUUUUAGCAAACAGACACAUCCAGAGGCGAGCAAUGUUUGCAAAGGCCGGUGCCUUGAGAGGUGGCGUUAGCAACACACACCCGUCGUUUUCUGCUGGUAGGACCAUUUUAAGCUUGAACGAAAAGUUUGAAUCGGGCAAAUGCUCUAUUUGAAUUAAGCAACUUUUCAAUACAAUGAAACUAUAGCGAGCUAAACAAAAAUUUAAGUCUAUUUGAGUUAGCCAAAAGUAUGAAAUACCAUAUAUGACUUUGAAUUAACGAGUCUACUGUUCUUGUUUACAGCUGUGUAGUAUGACAUACCUGCUCUGCUGAAUUAUAAAUCUUUCUGUUUACUGCCCUUCGUCAUAUGCUCUCGUUUUCCCUUGUCUCAUCUCUUUCCCACACAAUUUCUGUAUAUAUUGUGCUUCCAUAGAUGAGUAAAAUAUUUGCUGGUACGA